CCUCGUUUGACGAUUCAGACUCCAGAUAAGAUCUUUGGUCGCCCUUUCUUCUGUGAAUGCCAAUUUCGACUCCCUGUAGAUGUUCCCCGGAGCGGAGGCGUCGGUUGUUUGUCUGUUGUGUGCGUUGUCAGCUGUCCAAGUGCAACGAGUUGCCGGGUUCGCGUCGCCUUGGCCUGUUGGCAGAAACCUCGUGGGACAAAGCAGGGCGACUUCUUCGGCGGUGCACCGACAGCCGACACGCCUGGUGGGCUGAUGGGAAGAUGCAGCCAUCUGGCACAAGUGAUGUGCACCUCUCUCUUUGUGUGUCUGUGUCCGGUGUGUUCGUCAGUGGUCAGCAGGCGGCAAGUCAGAGGAAGAUCAACAGCUGGUACACAGAAUCACUCAGGCAUCAGGAGGGGACGGCUGAUCACCUGGGCCCUGUGUGUGAGUGAGUGCAGGAGACGGUUAUCGCCGCUCGCAAGAAACAGUUUGCCGAGGACUUAGCUGUCAUUGACAAAAAUCUGAAGUGGUUCCAAAACGAACUGGACACGUUCCACAUCAACUUUCCGAACCCGUCAAAGGUCGUCCUCACUCAGUAUCGGCAUCACCUGGAGAAGGAGGUCGCAAGGCGCCAGAAGGAGCGGGAGAAGCUGAUCGCCAAACGUAAGUGAUCCCGAACUCGACCAAGGCUGGCUGGGCACAGCGGGAUUAACGCAGCGUUUCAUUGAUUUCUGGUUGACCUUUUCGCCAUCAGACGAGGAAUGGCUGCAGAAGGUCCGAGAGCACGGCCUCCCUCACGGUAUGCACACGAAACCGGCUGGCAGCUGGGCAACGGCACGCGAACAUUCGUGUCUUUUGUGUGUGUGCGUACGUUUUGCGUGCUUCAUCAGCAGAGGAGCCCAAGGACGAGCCAGAAACAGUCGAGUCGCUCCGAAAGAGAGUGCGGGAGUUGGAGGAGACCGUUCGUUCGAUGGAGCGGGCCCAGAG